AUGAGUGCUUCCGACGAAGAAGACCGUAAACCAGCGGCGAUUGAGCAUCACUCUUUCGUCGAAGACGACGAGGACAAUUGGAGUCGUCGCGUGGAAAACGACGAAACGGCGACUGGACACUUGUUACACGCGGAGGACUCCUAUCUCCGGAUGGAAUCACCUCGGCAAGAAAUCUGCUACGAUCCGUCGCCAUUAGCGGCGGUCCUGCCUCCCAGUCAGCCCGAACUAACCAUGAAAGAAAAAUUGGUGCUCCGGGAACGCCAACGCCGAAUCGAGACGGAACGGGCACGACUUAAACAACAGUUCGCCCUCCGGCAUCACUCGGCUUCCGAAACGAGUAGUGUGGAAGAGGACGACGACCAUCACGGAGACACCGCGGGUGGGCGUUCCGCGACGAUGGCGGCAUUUCAAGAAAAUGGCAGUGUCGCGGGAACACUCGGUGAAGAAUCGACCAUUGCUCACCCCGACGAAGAAACAGCGGCGCUAGAAAAGCUUGGUUUUAACAUGGAGCGCUUUUUGCGGAACAGCGAUAAUUUCAAGCCUCAGGCGGAAAGCAACAAUUCUUUGCUUCCUCUCGCGGAGACGGAAGGUGGUGUUGUUAUGGAGCGCUUUUUGAGCAAUCCGGUGGUCGUGGAAGCCGACGAUGGGGAUAGAGAGUCGACUUCGGGUCACGAUGAUACAGAAGGUUUGACUACUGAUGUUCAACGGAGCGUGUCUUUUGAUGUUGACGCCAGUCAUCCGAAUGGAGACGGAGUGAUUCCGACGUCCAUGUCGGCUUUCCCAGACGGAGCUAAUGUUUCUCUACAGGCUGAGUCACACAUUGACGCGCAGCGUCGCCACAUGAUUACAAGCGCUACUUUGACGGGGAUCCCAUCGGCUCCUCGCUCAAUGGAUGCGGAAGUCGCAUCGGAUGGAAACCUCACCGAUGUUCAUUCGCAGACGUCAUCUACCCGUACGGCUGACGAAUUUCGCGUUAUGAGACUCACAGAAGCAGACAUGCGCGAGAUGGAAGCCAUUGACGAAGUCAGUAUCGGAAAUGCGCCUCCUUCAGAACGCGAAGAAGAGCUCUUGUCGGAAGUGGGUGAGCUAGCCGACUUCCGCGGAGGCUUUGCCGGCGCAGCGGGAAACUAUAGCCAAGGGACUCGUACGACGGCCAUGGAGUCCGCUUCGCUUAUAAGUGGAGGUAUUCCGAGUGAUAAGCAAGCCAGUGAAGAUCACACGCGAGAUCACUCGCAGGAACAUCGGGAACAUUAUGAAGUGGUCGACACGCAAGCUACCGAAAUUGCCGAUAAACACAGCCUCGAUGGCAUGACUCCGGGCUCGAUGUCGUCUCACUUGAUGGUUUCACCCGGAGCCAGUGCUGCUGGUUCUACUUUAGCACAGCCAUCCAACGCAGGUGUUCUAGAUGAAAGCAUUGAUGGUACAAUGGCGAGAUUAUCCGUACAACCGAAAUUUGAUGACAAGGAUGUGUCUAGUGAUAUGGCCAGCGUACCUGCGAGUCUACGAAACAGCGCCGACGAUCUGACCGCACAUGCAGGGAACGAAAGCAUCUUGAAUCGACGAGUACGUCCUGGUAUGCCCGGACUCAAACCAGCGCCACAAAAUCUUGAAGCAAAUAGAAAGGAGUCAUCGACAUCUGUAAAUGCCGCUUCCGGUCCUCCGAUAGUAGUAGAUGAUUUUGACUACGAUAUAAACGCUCCGGAAACGCCUCGUUCCACCAACGACGAAAUGCAGGACUCAUUCUUAAAUUCACCAGACGGUCCGCCACUCUGGACCUUGGAGGAGAACAUGAUUGUUUCUCCCGUCCAGCAAUCACGCAGCGGAUCAACGCCCGUUGAUUCUUUACCGGCGUCUCAGAUAUAUGGGAGUAUGACUACUGGAAGAGCAAUACCAGCGCAGAAUGGAAGUGCAGAAGAGUCUGCGCCGCUUUUGAGCGUCCCUCCUGAAAUCAUAACCAUGCGUGAAAGGUCGGAAAUGAGCAGCUUACAAAACGUAGCCGCACAUGUCAAACAUCAGACAAGUCUCAGCAGCAGCCAAAAUGAUCAUACAAGACACGAGUCCGUCUUUGAAACUUUACGCGCCGAAGAGGAACAUGUGAAGGAAGAAGAGCAGACCGAAUCGGAGCUAUACAAUACCAGCAAUGUUCUUGCCCGAGCCUUUCCCGAGCGUCUCAUGGCUCUGAUAGUGACUCUUAUUUUAGAGAUUCCCGUGCUUCUCAUGAUUUCAGGUGGUUCCGAUAAUCUUUGUUUUCUUAUCGGAAGGCGUCGAUAUCAUUUGCUUGUUGGUUUUAUUCCCUUGACAAGUGCAAUAUCUGGUAACGUUGGAUUGCAGUCAAGUACCCUGACGACACGAGCUAUAUCCCAUUUUCAUGUGACAGAGAGCUCGUUUAUCCCAUGGCUAAUGAGAGAGAUUGGCGCCGCAGCAUGUCUCGGAUGUGGUAUGGGGAUAAUAAUGGGCAUCAUAGCUUUUAUUGCCAGCGAAAUGGACCUGGCUUUUGGAGUGACCAUUUUCAUUGCACAGAUUAUCAGUAUCUUGACCGCUGGUCUGACCGGAACUUUAGCUCCUUUAUUGUUCAGCUUUAUUUUUCGAAAGGAUUCGGGCAAGUGGGGCGGUCCUUUGGAGACAGCGGUGCAAGAUAUUGUCGGCAGUUUCGCAAUGAUUGUGAUUUCGUUUCAUUUACUUGCUUUUCUCGGACCCGGUGAAAUUGAUGCAGGAGACACUUGCGGUUCCCAGUAAUGAACUCGUGCAACUUACUUUUUCUGCCGCCUAAGCCCUUAACUCCUUUCUGCUACCUAGUUUCUCAAUAGUCUAACUUCACCGCGAAUCAACAACUUUGGUGCUGACACAACUCGUUCCCCUUGAUGAGGACAGUGGUGGGGAAACAAUAGCAAACGUCCACAUCGAGGCGACACCUUGCCGAGAACGUUGUCAUCCUGCGCGUAUGGAAUCAAAUUUCGCAGAAGCGUUGUCUCGCCUCCCUUUUCACAAUCAGUCAGGUAAAGUAGGAAUGAAUGAGUGCUUCUUUCAGUGGGCUUUUCGGGAUGUGCACGGCAGAGGUCCACGUGUGGAGCAAGAACGGCCCCGGCCUCUUGGUAGCAUAAGAAUCGCAUGUGCGGCCAAACAAAUAGUUUCUGCUCGUCCCAUUGAUCACAUUGGAGGAGCAAAUUCGUAAGUACUGGAGUAAGCCAACAUUCUGUGUCACAGAAAUACUUGCGUGUCGAACAUAGCUUAUGUUUAGACUUUGAGGGCGUCUCAUUGGGAAGCCUUUUCCAUAGUUCAAGUAGACCGUCCACCAUUUUCAACAAUUUGAAACUGUCUAAAACGCUAGCACCUGCACCUGCAUGAUCCGCAGAAAUGGG